AUGGCGCUGUCCUUGUUGCCGAACGCGAAAGCUGCGGCUGGUUCUGCAAAGGCGAGUAAGGAGAAGAGCACACCCGGUGCGCGAUCCGGUCACGGGGCGCCACGCAGUCGAAGAGGCCAGAUCAAGAAUCGUCCACUGCCCAAGAAAUCAGCGCCGUCCGUGGUGUCGAAGGGAAAGAAGACCGCUGGCUUCCGGAUUAAUGGCCAGCUUCGUAUAGAGCCGACCUCUCUGAAAUCGCGAGUAACUCUCGAUAAUCUUGCUAAGGGUACGCAAGCCGCGCCCAUCUGCAUCGACGACGACGGUGAUGAUGACAUCGGGAUCGCCCAACAUCAAAAGAGCUCGGUUUCGGUCAACAACGACGCAAAGAGUCAACAGAGUCUCGUAAGAGCGUUCACGCCUCUCUCGAUAGACGAACAAGAUCGCGAAAUCGACAUUGCGUCUCCUCCCAAACCUACACCCGCAGGUGUCCAGCUAAACAAAGACGUGCCUUCCGACUCUUCGCGCAGCAGCAGCCCCGUUAAGAUCACCAGCGACAAUAAUAAGCAAGCCUCAGAGACAGAGCCUUCUUCCCCAAUCAAUAAGUAUAAGUCUCCGCGGAAGAGAUGCUUAGUCAAACCAGGGCGCUACAGGGCUUUUCGCACGGGUCUGUACACGUUGUUCGCAAUAACAAAGCCGAAAGCGCGACAGAUACCGUUCGACAAAGUCCUCAGAGUCAUCAACAACAACCUUUCAGUCAAGAAGCAGUUCUCUCCUCUGGAAGCAAAGCAGGUCCUCAAAUAUAUGAGGGAGAAAUUGUUCGACUCGCUGUGCGCCGAUCGGGUAGUGGACGUGAACCUGAAGGAGAUCAAGUUAUAUGCGUAA